AUGGAAGACGGCAACAGCGAGCAGAACCGUAUGUUGCAAGUAAUACUUCGGUCACAUCAGCUCGGACAUUCCAUCCCAUGCCCACGGAAACAACUCGCUCUCUCUUUCGUUGAAUGUGACGUGCAGCACCUUCUUGCUCAAAUCAGUGUUCGCCUCCCCUUCUACUGCAAUCCAACCUCUCUUAUUCGGACGAGCCAUUGUAACAUCCAGCCACAGCCAUCGCGCAAGUGGAUGUAUCCUAGCGUUGGACGGACCGACGGGGAGUACCUGGAAUGUAAUCAAUCGAUAUGGACCAGUAGCAACCAACCCGGUAUAGCCGAUUCUCAGCAGCUCCCAUCCCACCUCGCCGCACUUGUGGCCGUCCUCGCAAAUACCACACUCUUGAAGAGAAAGCUGCUGCACAUGCACUGUCCCAGCAGGGGUAUUAUGAACGGAAUCGCGACACUCUCUGUCGUCGGGGCCGUCGCCGUUAUGCCGACUGUAGUGAUAACCCAGAAUGCAGUCGUCGAAAAGUCAUUCGCUCCCAACCUCAAUGACCACGGGGUCGAGGUGGACCUACGACUCCAGAAUAAGGCACCUACCCCGGACGACUGGAAACGCUCCCUCAACAAAAUCUGGCGUAAACUUGCGGCACGGCUGGACAACCAAUCCUCACUCUCCUUCACUGCUAAAACCUAUGCCUACGCUGUUGAUUCCCAAACCGCAGAUGCUGCCGCCGCCAUCAGUAAAGCUCUUGAACCUUUCAACAGCCUUCAAUCGCGUGGAGACUACAUCGCCACCCAAAUUUAUCACCAGAUGAGGUGUACCGAUUUAUGGAGAGAAGCGACAAAUAUCACUGCAGAAGUGAAGGAGGUUGUAGAUUUAUUACAGGAUCUCCUCUGUUCGGCACUCUCAGGCUUCUCUGUUGUUGACCAGAGCAUCAUCUGGCCUUUUUUGGGUUUUUGGGUCCGUGUUUGCGUCGUCACUCGCUGGGUGCUGUUUGAAUCCAAUGUCCCCUCUCAGAAUUACUUCGCAACCCUCUUCUCAGGCCUUUGCAUGGAAGAUAACGAUGACAUCAAUGUGUGGGGUCUUCGUCCUCGCCCGCGACGCAAGCCUUCCCCCAUCAUCGACGCUCGGAUGCAGCACACACUGGAAGAGCACCUUGAAAUCUAUCUUCGUUCGAUCCACGACGAGCAAAUGGAUUAUUUCUGGACGUGGUUCAUGGACAUGUGGGCUAAAGUAUACCCCCAGUCCUUCACGGCUUCGUGGGAGAAGGGAUACGUGGCUAGCUAUGAGCGACUCGAGAGUCGUUUGGAUAUGAUGGGCGGAUAUGAUGCCAAGGAGGAACUGGAUCGGUUCUAUCGCCUCGCAGCCAUGGAGAGCGCAAGUGAUUCAGAUUCGUCUGCCCCCAGCGAGAUGGCUACCUCACACACUGCCAGUUCGACGCUACCAUCUGAUGUACUCGGGGCCGAUGAUGGGUAUGAUGAGCAUGCCAGUGACACUACACAGAGAGUUCAAAAGCAGCGCGCAGGAUGGGACUUGCGUAGAAAAGCAGUGAGCAGGGUAUUUGCCUGGCAUGCAUUGGUCUGGGUCAAUGGCACCGAUCCUACAUCAGAAUGGGAGCGUCUUGAUGUCGAUGCCUGGGUGGAAGCUACCGAGUACGACCAGUUAGAUGCACCAUAA